AUGGCAUCCAGAGAUUUACCACACUCCUUCAGCGAGGGCCUUUUUGGCUGGGUCAAGAGACUUCCUGAGGAAAUCGCCUACAAGCCCCCAAAAGAAUACGACGAACAUGGAGAAGAGAAAAAGGUCACCGGCAGUAAGUUGUGGCCAGCAUUUGUGUCGGGCGCUGGUUUGUUUUCCGACGGUUAUGUGAACAACUCCAUCUCUACUGUCACCACAUGCUUGUCGCUUAUUUAUGGAUCAAAGUAUAAAGACUCCAAUGCCAUCUCUAACAUUUCUGCCAUUGCAUUUGCAGGUACGGUGAUCGGCCAGUUGGGUUUUGGUUAUAUUUCUGACCACUUUGCUCGUAGAUCGGGUAUGCUCAUCGCUAACGUGAUGCUUAUCUUCUUUACUCUUCUCUGUGCUGUAGCCACUUGGGGCAAAACUCCAGAGGGCUUGUUCACUGCCAUCACUGUAUUCAGAUUUUUCUUGGGUAUUUCCAUCGGUGCUGAAUAUCCUACUUCGUCGGUCAUUGCUGCUGAGUUCGCUAACCAGUUGCCUCCCGGACAUAGAAACAGAUACUUCUGUUGGUUUACCAACUUCGCAAUCGACUUCGGCUUCAUUGUCUCUGCCUUUGUGCCAUUGGUUUUGUUGUGGAUUUUCUCCGAGCGCCACUUGAAUGUUAUCUGGAGACUCACCUUGGGUUUGGGCUGUAUCCCUCCCUUCAUGUUGUUCUUCAUGCGUAUGAAGAUCACUGACUCAGAUGCCUUCCGCAAGCUCAACAUGAAGAAGGUCAAGAAAUACCCAGUCUGGCUUAUUGUUAAAUUCUACUGGUUUAGAUUGAGUAUCGUGUCCAUCUUGUGGUUCAUCUACGACUUCUCUGCCUACUCAUUUGGUCUCUACUCGUCUUUCAUUCUCUCGGUCAUCUUGCCAGGUGACAACAUCUACAAGGCCUGGGGCUGGAAUGUUGUCUUCAACUUGUUCUACAUGCCUGGUGCCAUUUUGGGUGGUUUCUUUAGUGACUACAUUGGUCCUAGACUCACUCUUGUGACUGGUCUUGUGCUCCAAGGUGCCAUUGGCUUCGGUAUGACCGCUGGCUACCCAUACUUGAAAGAGCACAUUGCUGGUUUCGUCGUUGUCUUUGGUAUUUUCACCACUCUUGGUGAGUUCGGUGCUGGUAACAACGUCGGAUGCUUAGCUUCCAAGACUGCUGCCACUCCAAUUAGAGGUCAAUACUACGGUAUCGCUGCUGCCACUGGUAAGGUUGGUGCCUUUGUUGGUGCCUACAUCUUCCCAGUUAUCAUCAGACAACAUGGAGGCUUCAAGAGCGACACUGGUAUCCAAACUGCGUUCUACGUUUCUUCCGCUUUGUGUUUCUUCUCUGCCUUCCUUGCCUUGUUCUUCUUGCCAUCUCUCGGCCAGGACGCCAUCGAGAAGGAGGAUGACGCAUUUGUCAACUACUUGAGAGAUAACGGUUAUGAUGUCACUCUCUUGGGUGACGUCGAUGUGAGAGAUGUCGAGAGCGACCAAUCUGAGGACAUGGACAAGAAUGACCAUGUCCAGACUUCCACUAUUGUGGCAAAGUAA